UCUCUAUCAACCCUUCUGCCAUUGAACAAUACAGCAAUUACACCCGGGGCGGUGGUCAUAGUCCCCAAAACUACGCAGAGCUCGAGUGAUGAGGGGUCACAAUACUCGCCGUACCACGGCCAGAGGAUUAAGCUAGAAGAGCUCGAGGCAGCGGUCCAGUCGAUCAAGCAACGGAAGGAAAGUUCACCAGAGAGGAUGGGCCCCGCUGACAAGCUGGAAACGGAGGCUCGAUCUUCAUCGAGUCAACCAUCACCAGCCCAGAAGGUCAAGCUCAACCACUGGCGGCCGUCCGAAGACUCCCGGAAGAUCACUCACGCGCGGUCAUUUACUGAAAUAGCAAUGGAGGAGUUGAAGGGAGAGGGCGCACUGACCGGCGACCCGGACAACAGGGACGCACAGUUACCCAAGCCGCCGAUGGUGAGAAAGAAGUCUGGCGAGCUGGUCCAGCCAAUUCUUCGACUUACACCGCAUAGCGAGGACUCUGGCCGAUGGCAAGGCAGUGCAAUUCGACUCUCACUUGAUCGACCUCUGGCGGUCAGUGCCGAGACAUCCCCGGUCCACAGUCAUGAUGCCGAUAGAGAGUUUCCUUUCGGUCAAGAUGAGGACGAGUUGACGUCGGAGUGGGAGUGGGAGCUCCAGCUGUCCAACUUCCCCAAGGACAUGUCGUCUCGUGCCACUAAUCCCGUUUGCUUGGAGAAAUUGUUCCUGUCAGCUGACAAGAACGUCUUGAUUGGUUCGGUGACUGUGGCCAACCUUGCCUUCCACAAAUACGUGGCCGCUCACUUCACGUUCGAUUAUUGGAGGACUGUGUCGGAAGUGGGCGCUGUGUUCUGCCACGAUGUUCGCUGCAAGCAUGCCCACGAUGAGUACGAUCGGUUCUCGUUCGAAAUCAAGUUGAACGACCAGACCAACCUGGAGAGCAAUAUCAUGUUUGUCUGCAUUCGCUAUAAUGUCAACGGGCAGGAGUUCUGGGACAACAACAACGGGAUGAAUUUCCGAGUCGAUUUCCUCAAAUCCCCGAAGACCACUGCGAGCAAGUCGUCAGGUGGAGACCGUACUUCUAUGAACAGCUCACACACUGCGCAUCUACACUCUGAUGAUUCCCCGCAUAUCACCAAAAACACCCCCUUCUCCAACCCGUUUGCCGCCACAAAGGAAACCUCCUUGAGUGGGACUUCCUCGGAUGAUAUUGAUACCGCCGAACUACCCAAGCGCUGCGAAAAUCCGCACCGGCAGGCGUUCCGUAACCGCUAUGACUUUGGGGCUUCGCUGGCAGCUGCCAUGCGGACAAAGUCUCCCCUGGACCGAACCACCCUGACCGCACGGGAACGGUCAGAACAUACCUCGGAUGUUGCCACACCCCGGAUGGCUGAGAGAGACCUGAAGACUACACCAGCUCAGGCUUCUCCCGUGAGCGAUGCCGCCCGAAAGGAGGAUCUAGAGCCUUUCUCAUUGGUAUCCAGCAAACCGUGCCUCGAGUCCUCGUUGUACAACGAGCUGGUUGAUAAGUACUGCUUUAAGCCACAAAGCUCUGCGGUGAAUGGUGAAGAGCCUUCGAAGGAUUCCGAGAAUUUCGCCUCGAGCGCUCUCUCACCACUUCUUUCUCCGCUCUCUCUAGCCCCUGUAACACCUCUUGCGACUGAAACUCCUCGUGAAUCCCAUCCUUCGUCGCUGUCACCAUCGUUUUUGUCGGCGUCGUUGAUCCCUCGAGCCUCCCCACAAGCCUCGCCUUCUCCUAUGCUCUUCCGCUACAACUACCUCCAACCAUGGCAAAACGGAUUCCCGAAAGACCCUCGGUCAUUGCCAGCUAUUCGAGGGUGA